GCCAAUUCAGGGACUCAAAAGUGAAACAUUUCAUUCCGUCCGGCUUUCCUGCAUGUUAGUACAUUUGUGUACCCCUUGGACAGCCCUUCUAUCCAGCUGGACAAUUUAACAAACUCACAAGGAUUGGCAGAUGAAGAUGUGCCACAAGGUGUUUGCCGUGUUCCUUUUGCUGGUGGUUGCUUUCUACCAGGUAGGCAGCACCCCUGCCACAGAACAACAGGCAGAGGAGGACAGCACAAAGGUUCUGUUUCCUUGGCGACAGAAGACAGUGGGGUCUGGUGGACUACAGAGAGCCAAGAGAGCCUGGGUUAUUCCACCAAUCAACACCCCUGAGAAUACCAAGCAAAUCCCAAAGAAUCUAGUCCAGAUCAAAUCUGACACUCUGGAGCCCGGGAAGGUGCUGUAUAAGAUCCAGGGCCCGGGGGUUGAUGAGGAUCCAAAAGGAUUUUUUGAAAUCAAUGAAACAACAGGGUGGGUCACCCUGAUGAAUGUGCUUGACAGGGAAACCCACAGCAAGUUUAAGAUCAAAGCCUACGCCCUGGAUUUGAGCGGGAAACCCAUGGAAGACCCCACUGAACUCGAGAUCCAUGUGGUGGAUCAGAACGACAACCGGCCCACCUUCGUGCAAGAGGAAUUUACCGGACGCGUUCAUGAAAACUCUAAACCAGGUACGUCUGUCAUGCAGGUUGAGGCAACGGACGCGGACGACAUUGAGACAGAUAACGCAGCCCUGGCGUACUCCAUUAUCGGCCAGGAGAGCAUCCCGCCAUUCCGAAUCAAUAAAACCAUGUUCGGAAUCGAUGAACUCACCGGCAUCAUCUCCACCCGGGAUGUAGGGCUGGAUCGAGAGGAGGUGGAGGGGUUUAAUAUCACGCUCCAGGUUGCUGACAUGUCUGGUUCUGGGUUGAGCAGCUAUUCUUCAGCACUGAUCUACAUCAACGACGUUAACGACAAUGCUCCCAAUUUCACCUCUGAGACGUUCCAAAUGUCAGCAACGGAGAACAAAGUGCAGGCUGACAUUGGCAGAAUCACUGUGACAGACGAAGACGAACCGCAGACAGAGAACUGGUGGGUGAAGUACACCAUCACAGCUGGGGAUCCGGAGGGGAACUUCGACAUCCGCAGGGAUGAUGCAACCAACGAAGGCAUAGUGUCUGUGGUGAAGCCGCUGGAUUAUGAGUCUCUGAAUUACUAUGAGCUGGUAGUGAUGGCGGAGAACGAGAGUCCGCUGAGGCUCAUGGGUCCCAAGACCCCCCCGAGCAGUGCCACUGUGACCAUUAACGUGCUGAACCAGAACGAGCCCCCCAGAUUCCGGCAGAGCCCCCUGAGACUUAGCGUCCCCGAGGGAAGCCCAACCGGCACCCUGCUAGCCAGCAACAUCGCCUUGGACCCAGACAGGCAGGCUCUCCGAUACGAUGUGGAGUACGACCCGGACCAGUGGCUGUUCCUGGACAAUGAGUCUGGAGAGAUCACAGCCAACAAGGAAAUUACCAAGAAUUCCCGCUUCCUCACUAAGGACGUCUACAUGGCCGUCAUCACUGUGGAAGACACAGGAGACUACCCCAGCACAGCCACAGCCACCGUGUAUAUCACAGUUUUAGAGGUGAAUGACUUUGCCCCUGAGCCCUUUUCUCUGAGCGAGUUCAUGUGCAAUGACCCAGAGAAGGGUUCUGGUUUGAUUCUGAGUGCUACUGACAAGGACCAGCCCCCUCACAGCGCACCCUUUCUCUUCAGUUUGGAUGACAGUGAGCCAGAGAAUAUUCGGAACUGGACCCUCCACAGAAUCAACGAUACUCAUGCAGCACUGCGUCUGCUCUCGGCAGUGGUGGAGGGGGAGUACGUGCUCCCGGUGGUGCUCAGUGACUCUGGCACGCCUGCCCUCGCUGAGAUCCACAUGGUCAACGUGACGGUGUGCCAGUGCAACGACGAGGGAGACUGUCAGCCUAUCUUAGCUGCCAUCUUCAGCGCUGGAGCAGGGCUGAGCCUGGGAGCGCUCCUCAUCAUCCUGGGCAGCGUCGUGCUCCUGCUCUUGCUGUUGUUGAUCAUGGCUGCAGUGGAACAGUGUCGCCAAAGGCCCAUCAGGAAAGGGAUGCUGGGUGUUUCGGACGAUGACAUUCGAGACAACAUCCUGAACUACGAUGAGCAAGGGGGCGGAGAGGAGGACGAGAAUGCCUACAACAUGGACCAGCUGAGGAACCCCAAUGAGAUCAUCCCACCCCCCACCACGGCCAUGCCUAGAGGGAAGCAGCCAGUCAGGAAAGACACACCCUACAACUACCCCUCCCCCUCGUAUCCACGGAAAACCCCGGCCGACCCCACCGACAUCGAGGACUUCAUUAAUGAUGGUCUGGAUGCAGCAGACAAGGACCCCAACGUGCCCCCCUACGACACAGCGCUGAUCUAUGACUUCGAGGGGGACGGCUCGCUGGCUGGCAGCCUAAGCUCCAUCGCCUCGGGCAGCUCUGACGGAGACCAGGACUAUGACUAUCUCAACAGCUGGGGCCCCCGCUUUAACAAACUAGCCAACUUGUAUGACAAGCACUGACGCACUACAGUGCAGGUUUUUUUUUUGGCUUAAUCAUAGGGGUUGGGCAGGGCAAAUUGCGAUUUGACUUUCCUUGUAAGAUCUGUCAUGCCACCUGGAUAAAUACGAAUUAAAAGUUAAAGAGCAAUAAAUAUCAGGUAAAUAUUUUUUUUUUUCAAACUGCUGCAGUAUGCAAUUGUAUUUGUUAUUUGUUUCUUUGGCUAGGAUGGCUGUGACGGGUGAGGCUGGGUAGUGGGCAGUGCUGAGCAGGUCAGGUUGAGAUUGAGUGCCGGUAGACUGGGCAGACUGAUGGCAGGGAUUGCAGUAGGUGAACUUUGAGCAAGUAAGGAAUUUAGUAGGUGACAAAAGAACAUGAGAAAACUUUGAGCAGCGUAUAACCAAAUACAUAUAUUGUACUAAUCAGCAGCAGUGUGGAGUAGUGGUUAGGACUCUUGACCAGAGGAUCGUGGGUUUAAUCCCAGUUGGGGGACACUGCUGCUGUACCCUUGAGCAAGGUACUUUACCUAGAUUGCUCUAGUAAAAACCCAGCUGUAUAAAUGGGUAAUUGUAUGUAAAAAUAAUGUGAUAUCUUGUAACAAUUGUAAGUCGCCCUGGAUAAGGGCGUCUGCUAAGAAAUAAAUAAUAAUAAUCAGAGUACCAGUUUAAGGACUAAGAGUUAAAAUCAAAAGGCCCACAUUAAAUAUUAUUAUAAAUUAUUCAUAUUUUUGUCAAGUUGCUCUGGGACCUAAGAAUGUAUACAGAAUUUUAAAGGUUACAAACAAGAAGAUUUUAUUUGUGUGCUUUUUCUUCCCAGGAAGUCAACAAAAAAAACCAAAUAACGAAACUUGAUAAUGUGGGUUUUAAGCCUUCUUAAAAUCAAUCUUGUCUGUAUUCAAGGAAGAUGGUAAGGAGAGGCGGUAAAUUAGGGGUGCCUUGUGUGUUUCUAUCCUCUUGCUUACUAUUACAAUGUAUGCUGGGCUGAGUGAUAAAGAUCAAGUAUAAGAUAUACUAAUUUAUAUAUAUAUAUAUAUAUAUAUAUAUAUAUAUAUAUAUAUAUUAUAUUAUACACACACAUUACAGAUUAUAUGUAAUGCCUUGCCAUAGGUUUCUCUUUCGCAUUAUAACAACCCACCACACACAGUAGGUGAUUUCUACAUAAUACUAAAGCUUUAUCUGGUGUGUUCAUCACAGCACAGUCAUAUUUCUAGAAUAAACAUUAUAAUAUUAUAUGACAGACCCGCUGCUAUACCCCAUUUUAGGAGAAAUAUUAAUGCAGUUAUCAAGGCUAUUUUAUUGUUCUGUAUAAAUUGUAAUGUUUUUAUAUUGAAGCGGUGUUACACAAUGUAGUUUGUGUUCUUUAGUUGAAAUGGGAUAUACUUCAAACUGCAGGCACAUUAACUACAUAUAGUUACACUACAGGUACUAGCCUCACUUCCAUGUACACGAUGGUGUGAUUGUGAGGAUGGAGCUCCAUACGUUAACAUGUAUUUAACCAAAUUACUUUCUCAAACAUAUAACUGUUGUAAGUACAAUAAAAUACAAAGUUUAAGGACUGUGAAGAUACAGUAUAGUUCAAUGGACCUGUAUUUUGAACUAUAUUGUUAAUAUGCGAUUGGAAUGCUAACACACUGUCUUUACUUUUGUUUCUUGUUUUUUUAAUGCCACAUGUUAUAUGCAUGGAACACCUUGUUUAAUAUUGUGUUUGUUUUUGACCAAUAAAAAUACAGGAUUAA